UUGACGUCAUAAUUCACGAUUCGGAGAUUCAGAUUCCCAAACAUUGAAAAUUUUGAGUGACAAGCGAAGUAGUGUUUUGCUACAGUUAUUUAGGCCUUAAAUUGUAAUCAAGUUAUUUUAAUGGCAUAAGCUUGACUGAGUUUUCAAGAACUAUAACAUAGACUUUAUUUAUCAAACGUGAUAUACUUUAAUUGUUUCUCUUGAAUUUUCUAUCGCUCCAGGUCGUAUACCUAUUCUUUGUGACCUAGCAUUUCGACGAUUUCACUCUUGAAAGAAGAUGAGUGAACUUAGCCAGGAAGAAAUUAGAAGGAAACGGUUAGCCAGACUUGAAGUAAACAGUGCAAGUCCUGGCCCCAGCACCAGCGGCAGCCAGCCAGUGUCCCCCUCGCCCUCCUACAAUGUCAGCCCCUUCACUCCUCCAGUGCCACCAGCUCCAGGUGAUAGAGGUACACCACCACCCCAGAAAAGUGAUUCACAGAGUACAGAUACAUCGUCCCAAAUGGAAGUGGAAGAUUAUUCUCAGUCGGAAGAGAAAAACAAUGUUGUGUCGAACUCUCAGGUGGAUGUAGACUCUGGUAUUGAAAACAUGGAAGUAGAAGAAUCUAAAGAAGUUACACAAAAUAGAACAUCAUCAACAAGUGAUUCUACAGAAGACCAGGUCCAGGCAACAAUAUCCAGAGUCCUUUGUGUUUCGUGGUCUCAAGGCAAUCAGAGUGACUCGUCUAUAUUCCUUCCAGAGACUGCAGCUGGCAUGAGUCAGAGAAAGCAAGAAGGAGAUGGCACUCCUGAUACUCAGGAUCUAAUUAGCCAGUCAUUAAUGGAGGUGAUGUGUCAAAUUGCUUCUGGAGAAAACCCGAUGCCCUCCCCGCUCACUUGUUCUACACCGGACGAUAGCAAUGAGAACAUUGCAGAAGCCAGCAGCAGUCAGAACAAUACGAGCACUGUACCGCCGCCAUCACUCGCCACUACAGGUCUUACCUACCUUACAGAUACUUAUGCCAGGGUCGCCAAUGAAGAGAGAAACAAUCCUAAGAGGAGUAGUAUGCCGCCACUGAAAGAGGUGCUAGCUGAAGUACGAGCCCAAUGUGUUCAACACACGUCUCUGAUGCUGCAAGAUGUGCUGGUAGAAGAGGUAGACUUCACGGGCCGUCUGGGGCCACUGUCCUCACCCCUGCUGCAGCCUGUGCUCAAGCAGACUCUGCCACGGGGCUUCCUACUGGAGCUGCUGGCUCGCACCCACUCCAACCCAGACACACUUAACAAGGUGUUCAGUCCCCUGCUGCAGGGCCUGUAUCGAGCCAUGCAGGGAGCCUCGGUUGUAGGGAACAGUCACCGCAAGCCACUGGAAGCUCUCAGUGACCUGGUAGACAUGAGGGUCGGCCCCACUGCCAGCCUGCGACCUAUAUGUCAUCUUAUCACACAUCAGGUGCAGUUUUUACCGGAUAUAGUAACAGGUGCUGCGGGCCGAGAAAUUGCUCGAACGUCUUUCCUUGGUCCAUUUCUCAGCAUAUCGGUUUUUGCAGAGGAUGAACCUAAAGUUGCAGAUAGAUUUUUUAGUGGAAAUGCUUCCAAUGACAAACCACUCCAAUCCACAUUACAACAAGAAUUGGAGAAUUCUAGGAUUCUGCUGCAUAAAAUAUUCCAUGAUGUACUAGUAAACAGCAGCUCAAGAGAAGCCAUGUUGGCGUACAUUGCAGCUCUUCUGCGGAACAAUGAGAAGCGGUCACAGAUACGAGCCGAGGAAAGAGCGUUAGCUGGGGACGGCUUCAUGCUCAACCUGCUGUCAGUCAUGCAACUGUUGGCUGUCAAGGUCAAGCUGCACACAGUCGACCCACUGUAUCCCUUCCAUCCUUCUAGCAUGGUUGAUAUCAAGAACGACACUCGACUCAAGCUAACCUCAACUGAAACUUCCUCGUGGCUAGAUGAACUGAACAAAUCCGAACAGACCGUGUGGAAAGAGCCCAAGUUCCCCACUCAAUGUUGGUUCCUGACAUUACACUGCCAUCACUUAGCGCUCAUGCCCACCUUGCAGAAGUACCAGAGACGUCUCAGAGCACUCAGAGAUCUUCAGAAACUGGUAGAGGAAAUGCAGAGUAGCGAAUCGCACUGGAAGUCUCUGCCUUUUGCCUCAAGAAACAAAGAACUGAUCAAACGAUGGAAGCAACAAAUCAAGAAAUUGACUCGCAGUAAAGCGUGUGCGGACGCUGGCCUGUUGGAUGACAACUUGAUGCGAAGGGCGCUACUGUUCUACACCUCAGUGGCAGAGUUUCUGCUGAGGAUAUUGUCGGACAAUCCUCUCAACCCCAGCCUUCCACUGCCUGCCGACACACCUCAGCUGUUCUCUGCCUUCCCUGAGUGGUAUGUCGAAGACAUCGCAGAGUUUUUGCUGUUCGCUCUUCAGUUUGUGCCUGGAGUUAUUGCCACAUCCAUGGACCAUUCGAUGAUCACAUGGCUGCUGGUGGCAGUCUGUUCCCCCCACUGUAUCAAGAACCCAUACCUGGUAGCUAAGAUCAUAGAGGUGCUGUUUGUGCUUAAUCCUGGUAUCCAGGCUCACACCGAGGACCUGUACAGCCGUGUUAUGGCCCACCCCAUCUCCGAACAUCACCUGCCCUCCUGCCUCAUGAAGUUCUACACUGAUGUAGAAACAACAGGGUCGAGCUCCGAAUUCUAUGACAAGUUCACAAUUCGUUAUCACAUCAGCUUGAUUCUGAAAGGCAUGUGGGAAAGCACUGUCCAUAGACAGGCUAUUGUUAAUGAGUCCAAAUCAGGAAAGCAAUUUGUUAAAUUUAUCAACAUGCUAAUGAAUGAUACAACAUUCUUGCUGGAUGAGAGUUUAGAAAGUUUAAAGCGUAUACAUGAAGUUCAAGAGCUGAUGGCCGACUCAGAUGCGUGGAACAGGAUCGGCAUGGAGCAGCAGCAGGUUCGCAGCAGACAGCUGUCAGCAGAUGAGCGGCAGUGCAGAUCGUACUUGACACUGGCUAGAGAGACUGUGGACAUGUUCCACUAUCUGACAGUUGAUAUUAAGGAACCAUUUCUCCGUCCUGAACUUGUGGGCAGGCUCUCUGCAAUGCUCAACUUCAACCUUCAACAGUUGUGUGGCCCCAAAUGUAAGAAUCUGAAAGUGCGCACACCUGACAAGUACGGGUGGGAACCGAGACGGCUGCUGGGUCAACUUGUUGAUAUCUACCUGCAUCUGGACUGUGACCAGUUCGCUGCUGCUGUAGCUUCUGAUGAGAGGUCUUUCCGAAAGGAACUAUUUGAUGAUGCAGCUCUAAGAAUGGAACGGGCUUUGAUCAAGACACCGAUUGAAUUAGAGAAAUUUCGGGACCUAGCAAAAAAAGCUGCAGAGAUAGUGGUUCAGAAUAUGAAACGAGAAGUUGACUUCAGUGAUGCCCCUGAAGAAUUUAGAGAUCCCCUCAUGGAUACCUUGAUGGAAGACCCAGUACUCUUGCCUAGUGGUAAGAUUAUGGACCGAGACACAAUCAUAAGACAUCUGCUCAACUCUUCCACUGACCCUUUUAGCAGACAACCUCUUUCAGAGGACAUGUUGCAGCCAGCUCCUGAAUUGAAAGAACGAAUUCAAUCGUGGAAAAGAGAAAAACUGAAAAACCAGUCCUCUUGAAAUUGUGAUGAAAAGGGCUAACACUUUUGGAGCUUAACAAAAUGAUCUCUUGUACAUGACAUUCUAAGUGAUAAGGUGUUGAGUCAUGUGAUAGUUAGUCUUUCGUUGGCUUCAGUCAGUGUUCAGUUGCUACGUUUGAAAGCACACGUCGAUGUGUGCAUGAUCUGCCUUAAGAACCUGCAACAGACUUUGUGUUCUUGUUCUUGAUACGAUGUAUAAAAAUAAUUAUUACUGUGUAUCUCGGAUUAAUAGAUUUUGUAAUCUUUUGAUUAUUUUUUAGAUUAGUGCAAUAAAUAUUGUUUGAAAAUUUUAAA